AUUUUGGAUUUAGUAUAGUGCCAGUUGGGGGGGCGGUGACAUAUUUUUUCGUCAUCGUCCUGUAAUAAUUUUAGAAAUUUUCAUGAAAAAGUAGUCGACAGUGAUUUUGAGUUUCUAUAACUAGUUUAUGUCAGGACUUAGCGUGAUGAUGGCGGGACAGACAAUAAACGAUAGGCUAUUAGCCGCACGCCAUAGUAUUGCGGGCCAGGGUUUAGCAAAAUCCGUAUGUAAAGCCACAACUGAAGAAAUGAUUGCUCCGAAAAAGAAACAUUUAGAUUAUCUAGUUCACUGCACAAAUGAGCCAAAUGUGUCGAUACCACAGCUUGCCAACCUCCUAGUUGAGCGGACACAGAACACAAAUUGGGUGGUGGUGUAUAAGGCCCUUCUCACAGUGCAUCAUCUUCUAGCAUAUGGAAAUGAAAGGUUCACACAGUAUUUGGCGUCGAGUAAUUCGACGUUCCAACUGAGUAAUUUUCUUGAUAAAAGUGGCGUACAAGGCGCCGCCGGUGCGAGGAUUGGCUAUGAUAUGUCACCGUUUAUCCGUCGGUACGCGAGGUACCUCAACGAGAAGGCGCUGUCGUACAGGACUGUCGCGUUCGACUUCUGCAAGGUUAAGAGAGGGAAAGAAGAAGGCUCCCUUCGUAUGAUGAAUGCUGAGGAGCUGCUCAAAACUCUACCAGUGCUCCAGGCUCAACUCGAUGCUCUAUUGGAGUUCGACUGCACCGCCAACGACCUCACUAAUGGUGUUAUUAACAUGUGCUUCAUGCUGCUCUUCAGGGAUCUCAUCAGAUUAUUCGCGUGCUACAAUGAUGGUAUCAUAAAUCUGUUGGAGAAGUACUUCGAUAUGAACAAGAAGAACUGCCGGGACGCUCUCGACCUCUAUAAAAAGUUCCUUAUCAGGAUGGAUAGAGUCGGCGAGUUCUUGAAGGUUGCAGAAAAUGUGGGUAUAGAUAAGGGUGACAUUCCCGAUUUGACCCGCGCGCCGAGCAGUCUCCUUGACGCGUUGGAAGGACAUCUUGCCACAUUGGAGGGGAAGCGGGGUUCCGCAGCUAACACUCCCACACAGACGGCCAGUGCUCAAAAGAACGUAGCCAAUGUAAUGGGAGCUUUAUCGUCAACGUCAUCAUCGUUUGGCAACGCGGCUGCUUCAAGCCGUAUAGACUCGCAGGCCAACGGUUCACUGUUAAUUGACGACUCACUACGUCAACAAGCACUCGCCGAAGAAGAGGCGGCUAUGAACCAGUAUAAGGUCCACUUAUUCCAAGGCGAAGAGGUGACUGGUGAAGAAGAUGUAACACAGAUUUCUCAACUAUUUAAUAAAGUCGCUUCUCCAACGAACUCUGCAAACAACCCGUUCUUAUCAUCUCAACCACAGCAGUCCCAAAACAUUGUUGAUUUGUUUGGACCAACCCCCGUCGAAACAAAUACAACGAGCAAGGCCUCUGAUGAUUUAUUGUCUCUUGGUAAUCCCUUCGCGGACAUGUUCGGAGGUGGAGCGGCCCAACCGCAACAGCAACCGCUCUGGCAACAAAGCAACGGUUUCACGGCAAGCUUCCCUGCCGCAAAUGCGAACGCAACGAGCGCGAACACGUUCGUCUCUGAGGCUAGCUUCACUAACGUUUUCAGUAACACUGACACUACAGCUGCCGCAAACCCAUUCAUGGGUAUGGGAGACCCACAGCCGGUAUCUGCUUCCCCUGCCCGACCCCCGCCCCCUAACAUCCAACCAAAGUCCGCUUUCGACGACCUUGAAGACGUCAUGCGUAUGUCAUUGGGUGGUUCCCCGGCGAAACAGCAGCAGCCAGCCCCAAUGGCCGCUCAACCGUUUGGCGAUAUGGCGAUGCCAAUGCAACCAAUGGGUCAACCUGUCGGGCAACCUAUGGGUCAACCUAUCGGGCAACCAAUGGGUCAACCCGUCGGGCAACCAAUGGGUCAACAGAUGAUGUUCGGGUCGCCAGCGCGUCAGCCAAUGAUGCCUAUGGCAGCUAUGGGACAACAACAACAGCCAACUCAACCUAACAAAGUGUUAACUGGCGACUUGGAUUCAUCGCUCGCGCAGCUUGCUAAUAACCUGUCUAUUAACAAAACUGCCACUGCCCCGAAACCAAUGCAGUGGAGUUCGCCGAAGAAUGCGACAAAGCCAGGCGGUGGCUGGAGUCCGCAGCCGAUGCAGGCGACAACAGGAGCUAACUAUAGACCUAUGGGCCCCGGCAUGAACAUAUCGCCAAUGCCUCAUACGUUACCUCAUAUGUUCCACCCUCCACAUUAUGUUAUGCAACAACAGGGCGUGGUAAUGGGCAUGAAUGCGUCACCAAUGAUGAUGCCGGGUAUGACUCCAAUGCGCCCGCCCAUACCAUCACAACCAACAAACAACUUCACUUAAACUGUUAAUUUAGUGUUUAUAUCUAGAGACUUAUGCCAUUGAGAUUGAACCUAUUUGUGUUUGCAAAGAUAUUACCUGGCUAGCUCCUGAAAAGUAAUGAAUUUUGAUCGUAAUAGAAUCGGAUAUAAUAUCGUCACGAGACAAUGUGUACUAACUACUAACUUACACAGGGCACAAUAAUUUUCUACGCGACCAAUUAAGGGAUAAUUUGCCUGUCUAAUCUCGAUGGCAGAUGUCAAUGUUUAUAUGGAUCCUUAAUAUUUACUUAACAUAGUCACAGAUAAUAAAAAACCUCACAUGUUAUAAGUGAUGUGUGUAACGUUAUAUAGUCCUUGUGUAUGGGAUUAUCGGUUUUCGAUGGCACCUAACAUUUGUAUCUUAUGAAUGAAAUCACGAAAUUACCUGAGUACCAGUUGUUUGACCAUAUCAGUGAAAAUGUUGCCAUAUACAUUAUUUAUUCACGUUACUUUGCCAACGUUAAAGGUGCUGUCAAAAAUGUCUGUUACGUAAAGAGACGAUAUGCGCUUAGGUUCAAAGAGUACUUUAUCGGGUAGGAGAUUUUUUAGUUUAGAAAUAGUUGAGUCAUUAUCGUUUGUAAAUAUUAAAUUUCACUGUGGCCGCUUCCUGUGAAUUUGUUAUGUUUUGCGACAUUAUUAUACCCGACUAACAGUAUUGGCUUUCAUGAAUAAAUGAGGAAAUUUAUUAUAUAAUCAAUUUCUUAUAACUUAUAAAAAGGUUUGCAUUAAUGUUUAUUGUUAAUAUCAAUGUCACAUUCCAUUGUUAAUUUUUUAGUUUUUUUUUUUCAAUAAAAUAAUAUCAAAACCUAAUAUUUAACUCGCGUGGUUCUUCGAUAUAGUCAUUAUUUCUUUCCAGCAUUGAGAUUUACAAUGCUUUAUAGUUUGGUUAAUAUGAAAAUAUUUUAUAGGUGCUGUUCUAUUAACGAUUGUAACGUUUUUCUUAUUUUUGUUUAAAAAAAGUUACCAUCUUUAAUUUCAAAAAACUUCAAAUUAUCAUACAAAUAAUUAUGAUCGGGCAACUUUAGUUUUGCAUAAAAAGCGUGUGAUUCAAUGCUCUGAAUUGUUAUUCUCGUUCCGUAGUGGUCCCAAUAGAUCAAAAGAUUUUUAUUUGUGAUAUUGUAUUAAAGACUGUAGUAAGUAUUAGCAGUUUUUUCGUCCUAAUCGCUUAAGCAGAGUAUUGUAUCGGUGUUGCCGUGUAUAUUAUGCUCGACAUUUAAAAAAUGCUUUUCAGACUGGCAACACUGGAGUUCAUCGCAUAGAAUAUAAAUUAUCUUGUAGUUGUUUAUGAUACUGUAGCAAAUCUUUAAUCAGUGUAUUAUUCAAUAUACAUAGUUGAAUGCACUUAUGUGUAAAUAAGAUAUAGGUGUUACAUUUAAUAUUCCAUAGGAAUAAGCCUAUUACAUGCCCUUAAACUUUGUGUGCUAUCAUUUAAUAGUACAAUUAUUUUUAUAUAUUUAAUGUACUCGUAAAAUUGUUCGUUUGCGGUGUCCAUCUCAUUAGGACCAUUAUAUUUGUAUCAUGCCAAAUUGAUCAGUUCAUUUGCUCAUACUUUUGUGCAAUACAAUUUGUCCGUAAACCUUGACGAGGCAAAAAGUCUUCGGUAAUCGACAACGUUUUUUCCAGUGAAUUAACUUUUUUAAUUCUGUGAUUAUGAACUUUAGUAUACCGCUAGGAGACACAAAUAUAUUUUUAGGAUCUCUACGAUCUAAUUUUGAAUUUAUUUACUCAUUGAAAUGGUUAGUUGUAUAUUUUAUUUGAUUAUUAUUUUUUGUCUUGUGUUUAUUUUUAUGUAAAUAAUCAAACAUGCUAUUUUAUUUGCUAGCUCUGUCGUGCCUUGAGAUAUUUCGUUUAUUUAUGAGGAAAUAAAAAUUAUUGAGAAGUGUU